UGAGGCCUGCGCACCGCAGCCAUGACGGAGGCUGAUGUGAACCCGAAGGCCUAUCCCCUCGCAGAUGCUCACCUCACCAAGAAGUUGCAGGACCUUGUUCAGCAGUCAAGUAACUACAAGCAGCUUCGGAAAGGAGCCAAUGAAGACACCAAAACCCUCAACAGAGGUGUCUCUGAGUUCAUUGUGAUGGCAGCAGAUGCUGAGCCCUUGGAGAUCAUCCUGCACCUCCCUCUGCUGUGUGAAGACAAGAAUGUCCCCUACGUAUUUGUGCACUCCAAGCAGGCUUUAGGACGGGCCCGUGGAGUCUCCAGGCCGGUCAUCGCCUGUUCUGUAACCAUCAAAGAAGGCUCUCAACUAAAGCAGCAGAUCCAGUCCAUUCAGCAGUCUAUUGAACAGCUCCUGGUGUAGGCCGUGGCCUCUGCC